AUGCCAACUCUACUCCUCUACUACAUCCUCCUCCAUUUCCUCCACUCCCUCUCCGCCACGUCACCAUCACCAAUCCCUAGCACAAUCCAGCUCCCCCGCCCGCUCUCCACCACCGGUGCCGUCUCCGUCACCGACUUCGGCGCCACCGGCGACGGAACUCACUACGACACCCAUGCCAUCCAAUCCGCAAUCGACGCCUGCUCUCCCUCUUCCCCCUCCUCCUCCACCGGCGCCACCUGCUACGUGACCUUCCCGCCGGGGAAAUACCUAACUGCGACCGUCCACCUGAGGUCGAAUGUCGUCCUCGACAUCCAGCCCGGCGCCGUCGUCCUCGGCGGGCCGAGGAUCGAGGACUACCCGAAGGAAUCGAGCAGGUGGUACGUGGUGCUGGCGGAGAACGCGACGGACGUCGGGAUCACCGGCGGCGGGACUGUCGACGGGAACGGGCAUUUGUUCGUGGAGAGGUUCAACAGCGUGAAGAACGUGAUGGUGAGCUGGAACGCCACCGGAGAUUGCUUGGGGGACGAGUGCCGCCCGCGAUUGGUUGGGUUCAUCGGUUGCACGAACGUCCGCGUCUGGAAUGUUACCUUCACCCAGCCUGCUUAUUGGUGCUUCCACCUGGUGAGGUGCGACAACACUCAGAUCCAUGAUAUUGCCAUAUACGGCGACUUCAACACGCCUAACAAUGACGGGAUAGACAUAGAAGAUUCCAAUAACACGGUCAUCAAACGAUGCCACAUUGACACAGGAGAUGAUGCAAUUUGUCCCAAGACAUCAAACGGGCCAUUGUACAACUUGACUGCAACGGAUUGCUGGAUUCGGACUAAAUCUUCUGCGAUCAAGUUCGGGAGUGCUAGCUGGUUCGACUUCAAAGGGCUGGUCUUUGACAACAUUAACAUCGUGGAUUCUCACAGGGGGCUUGGAUUCCAGAUGCGAGAUGGAGGAAAUGUGAGCGACGUCGUCUUCUCCAACAUGAACAUCAGCACAAGGUACUACCACCCAUCAUGGUGGGGGAGAGCAGAGCCCAUCUACGUGACAACAUGCCCAAGAGACUCGACUUCAAAGAAGGGCUACAUAUCGAACCUGCUCUUCGUCAACAUAACCGCUCACUCAGAGAACGGGGUCUUCUUAUCGGGCUGUGAAGGCGGAAUGCUCAGCAACCUGAGGUUCGUGAACGUAAACUUCACUUACAGAAGGUGGACCAACUUCGAUGGCGGGUUGAUAGACUACAGACCAGGAUGCCAGGGGCUCGUGAAGCAUGGCGCGGCAGGGAUGAUCAUGGAGCACAUUCAGGGCUUGGAGGUUGAGAAUGUGAGCAUGAGAUGGGCUAGUGGUGGUGCCAAAGAGGAAUGGGAUAACCCUCUGGAGUUCAGACCUUCUACUGUUAAUAACGUCUCUUUCCUCAAUUUCCAUUCCGGUGUCUAUGCACAGUGA